AUGUCCUCAUACGACAAAGACCCUUUCUACUUGAGUACGGGCCACUCUGGCAAACACGGGCACGAAUUUCUUGAAUUCGAGUACUCGCAUGGCCGCCUCCGAUAUGCUAACAACUCUAACUACCGCAAUGACUCUCUAAUCCGCAAAGAAAUGUGGGUAGGACCGUUGGUAGUGAAGGAGCUCAAGCGCAUUGUAGAGCAGAGUGAGAUCACAAAGGAAGAUGACACUAAUUGGCCAAAGAAAAAUAUUGUGGGGAAGCAGGAGCUCGAGAUCCGCGUGGGCAAUGACCACAUCGCAUUUGAGACCGCGAAAGUUGGCUCGUUAGCCGAUAUACAGGAUAGCGAGGACCCGGAAGGAUUGCGUGUAUUCUAUUAUCUGGUGCAGGAUCUCCGGUGCCUCAUCUUCUCUCUCAUUUCCCUUCAUUUCAAAAUCAAACCAAUUUAGUUAUAUUGGCUUUCCACCGCAUCUUCGACUUUAGAGCACAUCUGUCUCUUGUCCCCCUUGAGCCUAUAGUCCAAAUUUCUCCUUUUAUCGUGUAUGACAG